AUGGCUGCAACUGCGGGCAGAUAUUACGGAGACGGUGGCAGAGCGACCAAAAGACAGAAAACUGAGGACGGAGGAAUGACAACUGAGAGCUAUGAAGACCCCCAUAAACCGCUGCCGUCAUCAGUGGUGCACAUCAGGGGUUUGGUAGACGGUAUUAUGGAAGCUGACCUGGUGGAGGCUCUGCAGGAGUUUGGAGCCAUCAGUUAUGUGGUCAUGAUGCCUAAGAAACGCCAGGCAUUGGUGGAAUAUGAGGACAUGAGUGGUUCCUGCAAUGCUGUCGCUUAUGCUGCAGAUAACCAGGUUUACAUCGCAGGCCACCCUGCUUUCAUCAACUACUCCACCAGCCAAAAGAUCUCCAGGCCAGGGGACUCGGAUGACAACCGAAGUGUCAACAAUGUGCUGCUGCUCACAAUUAUAAACCCCAUUUAUCCUAUUACCACGGAUGUACUCUACACUAUCUGCAACAACUGUGGUCCUGUGCAGAGGAUUGUGAUCUUCAGAAAGAAUGGUGUCCAGGCUAUGGUUGAAUUUGAUACUGUCCAAAGUGCCCAGAGAGCAAAAGCCUCUUUGAAUGGGGCAGAUAUCUAUUCUGGAUGUUGCACACUGAAGAUAGAGUAUGCUAAGCCUGCACGCCUCAACGUCUUCAAAAACGACCAAGACACGUGGGACUACACAAACCCAACCUUGAGCGGCCAAGAUGCUGACGGUGAAGGCAAUUGGAACAGUUCACAAGAUACCAAUGCCAAUCCCAACAAACGUCAGAGGCAGCCUGCUCUUCUAGGAGACCAUCCUCCUGAUUAUGCUGGCCCCCAAGGUGGUUACCAUGCUUACAGUGAAGAGGGCUACGGUCCUCCUCCUCACCACCGCAUGGGGCCCGGAAUGGGUGGGCGUGGUCGCAGUAGCCAGCGCUAUGGCCCUGGAUAUGGACCACCACCUCCUGAGUAUGGUCCUCAUGCCGACUCUCCAGUUCUUAUGGUGUAUGGACUUGAACCAUCAAAGAUCAAUGCUGACAGGGUCUUUAACAUCUUUUGCCUCUAUGGAAAUGUAGAGAGGGUGAAGUUCAUGAAGAGUAAACCUGGAGCUGCAAUGGUGGAGAUGGGAGAUGGGUAUUCUGUGGACAGAGCAAUCACUCAUCUCAACAACAAUUUUCUUUUUGGACAGAAGCUCAGUGUUUGUGUGUCUAAGCAGCAGGCCAUUGUGCCUGGACAGUGUUACCAGUUAGAAGAUAACACCAGUAGCUUCAAGGAUUUCCAUGGCUCACGUAACAACCGCUUCACCUCUCCUGAGCAGGCAGCUAAAAAUCGUAUCCAACACCCCAGCAAUGUCUUGCACUUCUUUAACGCACAGCCUGACAUCUCUGAGGAGAUUUUCAACCAGGUCUGCGAUGAAAUGGGGAUCAAGAGUCCCACAAGUGUAAAGCUUUUCAAUACAAAAAGUGAGAGAAGUUCAUCUGGCCUGCUUGAGUGGGAAUCGAUCAGUGAUGCGAUGGAAGGCCUUGCUAUGAUGAACCAUUUCCAGAUGAAAAACCCAAGUAAAUGCUUAUCAUUAUAUCACAUACAUAUUCACGUUACCAAAGGACAUUUUAUGUGAGUUUUGUAUAUUCUGUACUUUGUUUACUUGGUUGAUCCUUAUAAAUCUUCUGCUUUCUGCUCCA